CAUUGAGCUAACUAAGAUCACAUUAGAGCAAAUCAUGAAUCAUGAGGCAUCUAAUUGCUUGUGUUUAAGCUUGAAGAAAUGUUUGGUCAUGAGGUUUUCAUUGCGCAGAUCAAAGAACAACUGGAUGCAGUGUCGGUUUCUGUCAAGGAUAUGUCUGUUGACGGACGACGUGCUUGCGGCGUUCAAGGGAAAUCCUCAGUGAACAGGCAGAGGAUGAUGUAUAAAGCCAUAUGCAACGAGGAGCUUCAGAAUGUGGUUCAUGCGGUUGAUCAGAUGACAACAAAUACUCCUUCAGAAAGAUUCUCCGAGACCGGUGGUCGGAAAUCAAAGGAAAGAAGAAAUUUGGCCGCAAUUCCGUCAAGACAUGGCAGCAACAAAGAUAGAGACAGGGAUAACAGUUUGUGGACUGGUCGAGUGGAAGGCUAUCGUCAAUGUUUAGCUCACCAGACACAAGAAGCUCAUGGUAGCACAAAAAGACUCAUCAGGUAUUGAGAAGUUAUCAGAUUACCUGUUUGGUGGAGUUGAACCGGUUUGGAAACGGGAUCUUCAUGAUUCAUCUGCCCAAACGUUUUAUUGAGGCUGAUGACCAAUUUUUGAAUUUAUACCAAUAAGCACAAUUUUGAGUC